AUGAAGAUACUGUAUCAGAUCUUGAUCGUCCUUCUUUCAGCCGGAGCCUUCUCUCACGCUAGACCGACAGCAGACGAAAACCUAGCAUCGAGAGCCCUUGCAGCCCGCAACAACUGGGAGGCAGUCUUUGGCUUUUAUUCGUCUAGCACACAAUGCCAAGUGGCAACCCAGGUCUUUACCGUCGGCACAUUGAACGAAUGCCACAACCUCGCCUCGCCAGCACAGUCAUGGUCAGCUCUCGAAGUAGGGUCCGAGAUUGUGAACGAUUACAUAUGGGUGUUCGCCGGGCCCAAUUGCAACAGCGGCGGGCUCAGCUUCUAUCGCCUGGGCUAUUUGAAUGCACCGGAUGAUUGCAUCUUCAGGUCGGGUGGCACGCUGAUCGAGUCUUUUCUCAUCACGAACGGGCCUUUUGUCUGA